CUUGGCGCGUCGAAAAAUUGGAGCACAAUUUAUUUAGGUCGAGUGCCUGAGGCUGCUAAAGUCCGAACGGCCCCAAAAAUUAUUGAAGAUUUCCACCUGCAUCAUUGCAGAACCAGCAAUUGAAUUGACACCCCGACUUUUCCAGGACCAUUGCCUGGUCGAACCGACGUUUUAGAAAUGGCGACCGUUCUCCCUCCCCCGAGCAAGAAGCAGAAACGUGCCGCUGUCGAAAGAGCCGGUCAAGUCCCCGAGCCGGAAAUCAUUCCAGAGGGCAAUAUCCGUGUGCAAUUCGUCGACCGAGUCACCAAUGCUCCCACCGGCCCUUCUGUCUCCGUCUCCCUCACGAAUUCCUCCGUCAAACAUCUUGAACUUCUCCUCAACUCUAUAAAUGGCAUCGAAGACGCCGGCGACCGCAUACCGUAUCGAUUUUUCUUCGAGAAACGCGACGGCGAGACGAUCAGUGAUGAGGCCCUCGGGGAGAACGCGGAUCUAUAUCGAUCGCUGGUGAAGCCGGGGACGGCGUCGACGGAAGAAUUAAUCCGACUGCAUUAUGCGCCGCAAGCGGUGUUUCGAGUGCGAGCAAUUUCACGAUGUGCCGCCGCGAUGCCCGGGCACGGGUCCCCGAUUCUCGCGACCCAAUUUUCCCCCGCGUCAUCGUCGCGGAUGGUCAGCGGGAGCGGCGACUCGACGGCACGAAUCUGGGACUGCGAUACGGGGACGCCGAAGCAUACGCUGUCGGGACAUACGGGAUGGGUCCUUGCGGUGAGCUGGUCGCCGGACGACAAGUGGAUCGUCACUGGCAGCAUGGACAACACGGUUCGGUUGUGGCAUGCGCAAAAUGGAAAACCCAGCGGUGGACCGCUAAAAGGCCAUACGAAGUGGAUUACGAGCCUUUCAUGGGAGCCGUAUCAUCGGUGGGAGGAAGGACGGCCUCGGGUCGCUUCGGCUUCGAAAGAUUGUACGGUGCGGAUCUGGGACUGCAUUGGGGGACGAACCGAUAUGGCGCUCUCGGGCCACAAAGGCUCGGUGUCGUGCGUUAAGUGGGGUGGGAUGGGUUACAUCUACACUGCCUCUCACGACAAGACGGUAAAAGUGUGGAACGCCUCGAACGGCGCCGUCGUCCACACGCUCUCCUCUCACGCACAUUGGGUAAAUCAUCUGGCACUCUCAACCGACUUUGUCCUUCGGACCGGUUAUUUCGACCCCUCGAAGGACGUGCCCCGCACCGAUGAAGAAAAAGUUGCCGUCGCCAAGCAGCGGUUUGAGAAAGCUGCCACCAUAAAAAAUGAGGUUGUCGAACGACUCGUUACGGCAAGCGAUGACUUCACUAUGUUCCUCUGGGAACCUUCCAAGGCCACCAAGCCGAUCAGUCGUAUGCAAGGGCAUCAGAAGCAGGUCAACCACGUCUCCUUCUCCCCCGACGGACUGUACAUUGCCUCCGCCGCAUUUGACAAUCAUGUCAAGUUAUGGGAUGCCAGAGAUGGACGAUUUAUCACCACCCUCCGAGGGCAUGUGGGGCCGGUGUAUCAAUGUUGCUUCUCGGCGGACUCGCGAUUGCUAGUGAGCGCUUCGAAGGAUACAACCUUGAAGGCAUGGGAUGUGCGGACGGGGAAGCUAGCGGAAGACCUGCCUGGGCAUCAGGAUGAAGUUUAUGCGGUGGAUUGGAGCCCGGAUGGGCUUCGGGUGGGAAGCGGUGGGAAGGACAAGAUGGUCAGAUUAUGGAGGCAUUGAAUGGAAGGACGUUCGAUACGAGAAAGCAUCGGGUUACUGUGAUACCUGAUAUUCGAACUAUCGAGACAGCGCGUGGAAGAGGCAUGAGGUCGUCAAUCGCCCCCUCUUCGGAGCGCGGAAAAUUCAGUCCUCUCCAUGACGAGGAUCGUGGACAUGAUGCGCCCGUUCAUGAGAACUGGGUCGCCCUAUUUAUCGGCCACCGGGAACUCCUUUCCAGUCGCACCCUUGUACCUGUCCCGGAUGAAGUCCGAGAUCUUCUCGUCUUUGGCCUGCUCGAUGGCGGACUCGUUAUCCUGAGGACCCUGUCCUAGGAAUUUCUCCUGGACGAAGUCGACACCCCUUGAGUGAUCGUCAGUCCAUGCUACUAUCUUUCGGCUAGAUCAGGGAGACAAACUUGUCGAGCAUAUCUUCGUUCUUCUCACUCUCCUUGCCCCCGCCGGCAGCAGCGUUGAA